ACGAAGAGUGCAGCUAACACGAACGAAUCCCGUCGGUACUUUUGCUAAUGUCAUUCUCUUUGUCUCGCGUUCUUUUCUUCUAACCGAUGAAAAUAUCGAGCAAGAUCGAGCGAUCGAGCGUAAUUGUCGAUAAGAGUCGCAUAGAAUAUCGCGUAGCACCACGGCGAGGCGAGUACGUUUCACUAGUUUCGUAUCUAUUGAUUCUCUCAGGAAUUGUGCGUGCGUUAUUUACGAUCUUGCGUGGGGAAAUUAUAUCGGAUUCACCGCUGCUCCUUAAUGCGAUAUCUCCCGGCUAAUCGAUCGUACAGAUCCGCUGGAUCGUCUCCGAAAGCGCGAACAGAGCACGUUCUGAAGGAGAGUCGCUCUUCCAGAUCUAUAUUAUAAAAAAAAGACGAGACUCUACGUCUUACCAAAGUGGGCGCGGUGAGCGGUGUGUACAUUCCUGAGCGAAGCGUCGCACGGAGCGCGCUGGUGCACGGCGGAGUCUGCAAUAAACAAACUCUCCGAGAUCUACGAGGAACUCGACCCGCAUCCGAAGCAGUCGUGAGGAAAGUGACGAGCGCGCUGUCAAACGUGAAGCGGCGUUUUUCGAGACGCUAACGCGAGCGGUCAGCCAAAGAGCACGAAGAGCGUUCUCUUCCCGCAGAGGUGCACGAACGUUCGUGGAGAUGGGAAGUACGGACAAGGCCGUGAUCACGGGGUUCAUAUGCAGGCUCUGCAGCAAGAUGAAUCGCUUCGUGAUCCACAUCUACGGCGAAGAGGGCGAGAGGAUGAAGUUGGCCGAGAAGAUCAACGCCUACUUACCGAUCACGGUGAAUAUAAAUGAUCCUCUGCCAAAGACCGCAUGUCUACACUGUAUUGAACGAUUAGAGGCACACCAUGAACUAAUGGAACAGUUCAUGUUUGCUAGACGGAGAUUAAACACAGACAAUAAGACUACUACUGUAGCGUCCUCCUCCACAACAACUUCCACGACAACCGCUCCGACAUCGAGCCCACCUCCGUGUUGACAUGUGCAAUGGAAAAUAGCAUGCCCUUUCGCCCAACACGCCACUCUCCAAGAUCGAAUAUUUUCCGUAUAAUUUUUCAUUUCAUUUAGUCCCCUAAGCUGGUGAGCGAUGAGUGUAAAAAAAAAAAGAAAUGACAGGAUCAAAGUAAAAUAAUGUCAAAUUAUACAUUUUCUAUAUGACACGAUGUUUUCACACGCAACAUUACACAUUCGUUUCAGCGACCAAGUAUUCUUUCAUAAUAUUAAUGAGGUGUGAAGGCUGCAUCAUGCCAAUGUGAAAGAGUGUAAUGUCGAAUGUGUCGAGAUAGCUUCAAUGACGCACGAUAUGCGUUUUUGUAUAUGUAGCAUUGUGUAAAGGCAGCCCGUCGUUGAUUUAAAUAAGAAAUCAUAUAAUGCCAUGUUGAUCCUUUCUCACUGACCUGUAUGGUCGGUAAUUUGUAAUAAAGUGAUACCUUAGAUGCGAACUGUUUGGGCAAACGCAAUACUAUCGAAAUAAUGGAAUACACAUUCAUGUUCGAAGGAGACAUUUGGUCUGUCCUUUUUAACUGCACUGUACUGGGAUUCUGUAACUCGUUAUUGGAGUUAACGACAAUUUCGUUAUCGUUGCGUAGCUUUUGUAUACCAUAGAAAAGCUGCGCAACGAUAACGAAACUGUCGUUAACUCCAAUAACGAGUUACAGAAUCUCAGUACUGGUGCAAUUAAGUUAAAGUGAGAUAAAAUAGAUUUGUCUUGCUCUAACUUAUUGCAUCGGUGUAACAGUGCAGCUGAACAGACCUAUUACUGGAUAUCUGGUAGUCAUUCAGAGUAUUCGCUUGUAUUCUCAGCAGAUGAGAUUUUCGUCGGAUGCGCCGAUAAAGUCCGUACAGAACACGAAAUCAGCGUAUUGAGGAAAAUACGACAAUCUACUUUUCACAGUUCAGUUAUGAAAGAACUAGGUAUGAAAAUUUAACAUAAAGUGGAUACGGAUUGUUACGUACGUCUCGUCACAUUAGGAAUUUUAUUGACGAGUGAUACGUUCAUUUCAUCGACCAACGAUGAUUUUUAAGAACUCAAGAGUAUGCAAUAAUAAAUAGCAAAUCGAAUUUUUACGACCAAUCUGUACAGAAAGAUUGUUGGUUAUAAAGCGCAAUUAAGUCCGACCGAAACCGCCUGCAAAGUGAAUUCUGUGUCUACUCGCAUCGAUCCAAGUUUCUUAUUUUUUGAAUAUUACAAUGUUUCUUUAGGAAUAAAUGGCAGGAUAAUUUCUCGCCGUUAUUCCGAGUACUCGAUACUGAAUACGUCUCUUAGUCAUAAUCAUAAUAUAUAUGUAUAUUAUUUUACAAGUCUUAUACAGCGUUUUUUCUGAAAUGUGUUUUGUAAUAUUCUCUUUCGUUCUUUUUUUUUUAACGAUACUGUUGUACCUUCGACGCAUCAAUUCUACUCUGGUGUACAAAGAUAAAUAAAGUAUAUAGUAUCGCGAUACACUACACUGUAUAAUGUAGAAAUUUUUUAGUCUUAGAAAAUUAGAGAGUAAAAUUAAAAUAUGAAAGCUAACUUAUGAUGCAUGUAAACAAAACAAGUCAAUGUAUUUUUUAAUAAUUGAUUUGCGCUAUCUCUUUCCCUCCCA